AUGUUUCAGGUCAAGUGGCAGAAGGAUGACAUGGACAACAACCUUAACUUCUUCUCUGUGUCAUCUGACGGCAGGAUUGUGUCUUGGACGCUUGUGAAGAGCGAGCUGGUUCACACAGAUGUCAUCAAGCUGAAAGUGGAAGGCAGCACCACGGAAGUUCCUGAGGGGCUGCAGCUGUACACAGUGGGCUGUGGCACCGCCUUUGACUUCCACAAAGAGAUUGAUUACAUGUUCCUAGUGGGCACAGAGGAGGGAAAAAUCUACAAGUGCUCUAAAUCCUACUCCAGCCAAUUCCUCGACACCUACGAUGCCCACAAUAUGGCAGUGGAUGCUGUGACCUGGAACCCAUACCACACCAAGGUCUUCAUGUCCUGCAGCUCUGACUGGACAGUGAAGAUCUGGGACCACACCAUCAAGACUCCAAUGUUCAUCUAUGACCUGAACUCAGCCGUGGGCGAUGUGGCCUGGGCACCAUACUCUUCUACUGUGUUUGCCGCAGUCACCACAGAUGGGAAGGCCCACGUGUUUGACCUGGCCAUCAACAAGUACGAGGCCAUCUGUAACCAGCCUGUGGUGGCCAAAAAGAAGAACAAGAUCACCCACGUGCAGUUCAAUCCCAUCCACCCCAUCAUCAUUGUGGGCGAUGACCGUGGGCACAUCACCUGCCUCAAACUCUCACCCAAUUUGCGCAGGAUGCCAAAGGAAAAGAAGGGGCAGGAAAUGCAGAAGGGUCCAGCUGUGGAGACUGCAAAAUUGGACAAACUGCUGAAUCUGGUGAGGGAAGUAAAAACCAAGAGCUGAGGGCCUGGCCUUGGACUCUGUCCUGUUUCUUGAACCCAGUACUUGCAGUGCCUGCCCCUGGUGUCUAACCCAGCCUUAGCAACCAGCAUGU